AUGACUACCUCUCGCAGGAAAGCGUGCUCUUGGUGCAUUAAGGCUAAGCGCCGCUGCGAUCUCCGUCUCCCGCAAUGCAGACGAUGUUUCGUCAAGGGCUUGGACUGUAGGUAUGGGCCCAGAGCCGAGCCGGAGGAACACCCUGGUACAGACUCCCUGUUUGCCAACAGUGAACUGGCAUUCGACUUUUCGUCUCUCAAUGGACUUAUGCCCACUGAUGUGUCGGCCCUAAACGAGACUGAUCAACUCUCGAGGGUGUUUGAGCCGACUCUGCAGGACACCAGUGGACCAAUCCAGGGGGAUUCCACUGUGACAUCCACUAUGUUAGAUUAUGAUUCCCAUACGGCACUUUCACUUAGUGAAUCCAGCCACCAAGAAGAUCCCCCUCUACCCGGAGGAUGCUUUGACGCAGCGGUACUCCAACUCUAUGUGGAUGAGUUGAAAAGAUGGUUACUGCAAUGGGUCACCAAGGGUACCAACCCGUUCAUCCAUCCACAACUGUACUAUGAUUAUAUACCGUCGGAAAUUCUAGAUGCCUACAGCUGCUGCUCUAUCUACUCUACGAAAAGUGCGGGGAACCAAAGAAUUGUCUUCCGCAUCAUCGAAGAGAAGGUGACUGCACUUUUAAAUACCCAUCACCUUCACCUUCACCAGCAGCAGCAGCAGCAGCAGCAGCAGCAGGAACAACAAACGUCCAAUUUUACCCCAUCCCAUCUGACCCUCCGCAGACACCUUGCGCACGUACAGUCUCUGCUAAUUUACCAAAUAAUCCGCCUUUUUGGCGGCGAUAUCCGACAACAAGCCCUCGCGGAACAGCAGGCACCCAUAUUAACAACCUGGCUACAGGAGAUGUGGGACUCACUGAUGAACAGCGGACUGGACAUUUACUACAGUGACUCUAAUGGCACAUCAUCACCCUCAUCCUCCUUGUUUGCCGCCAGCGGUCAACCGCAAAAUCAACAACCACAACGAGACCCCCUCUCCCUCUUUUCAACCCCAGUAACCUCGCUCUGGAAGGAGUGGCUCGUAGCCGAAUGCGCCAGACGCACUCUAAUCACUGUACGCGGCGUUGCCGGCGUGUAUGAAACGAUGAAGUUGGGAUCUGCUGUUUGUCCUGGCGGGACGUCGUUCAUCGCGAGCUCGGCGGUAUGGGAGGCGCCGUCUGCGUAUUGCUGGGCAAAGGCUUGGCGGGAGCGGGACAAGAGAUACCUGGUUUCGAUGGGGACGCUGCAAUCGCUGGUGUGUCAAGCGCGGGCUUGUGACGUGGAUCGGUUUGGGAAGGUGUUGCUGAUGCUGUUGCAUCACAGGGAGGGUGUGGAAAGGUGGAUUGCGGAAACUGGAGGUGGGGAGGGCGUGUUUGGGUUAGCGUUAGAUAUUUGA